GCCGGUCAAACUAAGCAUUGCUCAAUGCUAAGUCGGUUGGAGACAACACGGAAAUAUGUCCCGUAGCACGACGCCCAGAGUCUUGUCCGAUAGCAUUAGACAUUUAGAAGGUGAAAAUAAAUGAAGGUACGUGGAGAAAUUAGAUAAACUCGGCAAAGAGGACCGGUAUUUAAUGCCGAAAUCAAUUAUUUCAACGAUAAGGAAUUGGACUGUUAAUUCGCUUCCGUUUAUCUUGCACAACUGGAUAUACACAUGGAUCUGAAAAUGUGUCAUCGGCUUGGAGAUAUGAUGAAGCUGUGCUGUGAAUUAUCUGCUGAUAAGCAGAUCCAGACCACAGUGAAGGGUUCCAGCAAGGGUGCAGCAACAGCUGGAGGUCUGGCCUUUGCUGGUGGCUUGGUUGGGGGUCCUCUUGGCAUUGCAGUAGGCGGUGCUGUUGGAGGACUUCUUGGCUGUUGGUUGACCAGCGGUCAAUUCAAACCUCUUCCUCAGGUCAUUAUGGAGCUCAGUCUUCAGCAGCAGCAGAAGUUGUACGCUGACCUGGUCGCCAUCCUUGGAGACAUUCAAUGGACUGAUGUGGCACAGCUCACUGCUCUUGUCAUGAGCAACAGUAGUCUGAAGCAGCAACUGACGGCAGCCCUUCUUGGCUAUGUCACCAAGGAGCUCCAAGCAAAUGUGCACUAUGUGGAUUAGUGUGGGAGUCCUCAGGCUCUAUCUACACCCUGACUGUGUGAAAAGGACAUGACUUUUUGCGUCUGCACAUACAGAGGCUUUGAAAUGCUCUCCAAAAACAGCAGUAGAGAAUACUUUCUUAUACUGAUGACAUUUAUUUCAAGUUAAUCAGCUGUGGCAUUUAUUUUAUGUAUCCAUCCUUUCAUUGUCAGUACCGUUUAUUCUCACUAGGGUCUCAAAUGUGCUGCUGCCUAUCUCAGAUGACUCUGGGUGAAAGGCGGGGUACAUCGUGACCUGGCCGCCAGCUAAUCCAAGGGCACAUAUAAACAGCCAUUCGUGCUCACGUUCACACCUACAGACAAUUUAGAUUCUUCAUUCAACCCGCCAUGCAGGUUUGUUCAUGUGAGAGGAAACCGUAGUACCUGGAGUAAAUCCCACACGGGCAGAGGGAAACCAUCCAAACUACAGGCAAGGCUGGAUUUAAACCCGCGUCCUCAGAACUGUGAGGCAACCGUGCUAACCAGUUGUCCACCAUUUCGCCUUAUUUAUUUGCUUUUUCCUUAAGAGUGCACCUCUGUAAAAUUUUCUUCUUGCCAAAUUUUGAAUUUGUUAUCUAGUCAUUUCUUGUUAUUUCCAGCCAGCCAUAAAGCCUAUAUAAACAUGGUGAAAAAUACACAACACUCCCCCAACCUGAUUGCAUAUAGAAUAGAAUCAACUUUAUUGCCAUGAACAUAUGCACACAUUUUUGGUCUUUUUUUCCUGAACUCAACCCAUCACAGCACUGGACACAGGAAGCACACUUAUGACACACUGACAUGUAUGGCAUGAUUUUUAGUAUGUUUUUAAUUGAAAAAAAAAAGGAAGCCAGAAUGGACCCAUUUGAUUUUUCACCAUGCGUCAUGAUGUUGACCUUGAUGGAUUUUUGUAACUCCUGGUAUUAAAAUCCUCUCGAGGCAUUCGUUUUGGAGAAGAAGCAGGAAGUGAGUUUUUUUCCAGAUGUCAACACUAGCGGGUUCUUCUGUUUAUACCAGUUUUACCUGCGGGAAAGUAGCUGCUUUUUACUUGCAUGUUAGCCAAAAUGCCGUGUCGUAUUGCUAGA